UUCAGUGUUAAACCGGCGCUCGCUCGCGUAAAGUGCAAAAAGCUUCAGCUGCCGCGGCUGCUCUCCGAAUUCCAAAUGCAGAGCUAAAAAGAAAGAAAGAAAAAAAAAACAAUUCAAGUGCAAUUUUAUACAAAAGGCAACAAACUUAUUGCUGUAUGCGUGUUUGAGUCUAAGUUGUGAGUGUGCGUGUGUUUUAAAUUAAAAAUAAUAACAAAUGCUCAUGGCAGCUUUGCUCAAUUGCAUUGCAACAAAUUAAUUAUUUUAACAAAACUUGUGUUUAGUGCACAAAAUUCACAACAAAAUGCCAAACGCCUUGGGAGCAACAACAAAUGGCGAUUGCGACUCCCAAAAGCCAUUCAAAGUCAAGGACGUCACGCGCAACAUUAAAAAAGCCGUGUGUGCCGGCAGUUUGGAGGAGAUACGCUCCAAGGUGGCGGAGAAGUUUGAGAAAUGCGAGCAGGAGCCCACAAUACACUUGGACUCGGAUGGCACUGAGAUCGACGAUGAGGAAUAUUUUCGCACGCUCGAUGAGAACACCGAGCUGGUUGCCGUCUUUCCGGGCGAGCAUUGGAUAGAUCCCACACACUACGUGACCAUAACCACACCCAAUGCCACCAGCAACGGCACUGCCAACAAUGCGGAGCAAGGCGACACCACAGAUGCGAACAAUUCAGAGUCGGCGGCACGCAUACGUCAACUGGUUGGGCAGCUGCAGAACAAUUUAUGCAAUGUGUCUGUUAUGAAUGAUGCGGAUCUCGACUCGCUGUCCAACAUGGAUCCCAACUCGUUGGUCGACAUAACGGGCAAAGAGUUUAUGGAGCAAUUGAAGGAUGCCGGCAGGCCGCUGUGUGCCAAGCGCAAUGCUGAGGAUCGCUUGAAUCUGCUGAAGCUGCUCAAGGCGGGCGCCAUUUUCUGCUCGGAGCGCUAUCCGGAAGACGCAGAGGCCAUUGAUCGCGAGAUUGGGCGUCAGCUAAAUGAAGUAGAGAGCGGUCAGCUGCAGAAAAGCGUCAGCAAUACACGCACCAUCGAAGUGGUGCAGUGCGACAAUCAAAACACCACCAUAACCAUAACUGUGGCCGAGGCCAGCAGCACCACCGCCAGCAGCACCACUUGCAGCCUUGCCGAGUCCGACGCUGAGGGCAAUGAGGCGAAUGCGAAUGGCAAUGGCAACGCUGACAUCUGACUGCCCAUUUUGGGCGGCCUGCAUUAAGCGAGGCGUGGCCGCCAGCGCAGUUUUGCAACAUUGGGUUAACAUGCAACAUGCAACAGCAACAGUUGUUGAAAGUAAACAAAAUCAUAUGCUUCGUAGUCUAUAAGCGCAAUUGAAAGUUAACGAAACGAUACACUUAUCUAGCAUUAAAAAAUAACAAAAACAAAAACUAAAUCUCAACAUAAGCAAACAAGAAUUUAAAGCAAAAACCACAGACGAAUAUAUAACGUAGCAUAAACUUGUAUCAAUCAAAAUACACUGCAAACAAUAUAUAUAUAUAUAUAAUGAAAAUAUCAAAAGCGCACACAAAGCCACGUAUCAUGUUCAUUACUUAAAUAGUAUUUAAGUGCAGCAAGAACAGCAACAAGCAUUUUAAUUGUUAACUUAAGUUUUUAAGCCAACGUACAUAUUUUGACUAGUUAGUCUUGAAAAAAUUUGAAUUUGUUGUUAAAUUUUAACUGCUUCUCGUUUGCGUAAAGAAAACUUCAUCCGCAUUUGCUUUUGAGAAACCAAACUUAGAAUUAUGGUUAAUAAGCUGCAACGCACAAGAAAUAAUUGUUUUUAGACUAAUGAUCAUUAAAAAUGUCAUUUGUUGAAGCCAAUUGAGACUGACUGUAUUUAUGUGUAAUGCAUUAUUUUGAGGGUACGACGAAACUAAUAAAUUAUGUAUAUUUAAAAAAUUUAAAACGAUAAUAAUAGUGAACUCUCAACUGUGAGUGCUACUGGUUUGAAACAAAUUUGCUUCAUCUAAGUCCCCCACACACACACACACACACACACACACACACAUACAUACACGAGUAUUGAAUGUAGCCAUAAAUAAUUGUGCAAAGAAUUUAACACCAAAAUACAAUGUAAUAUUAGUAAGUUUAAACGACAAUUAAACAACACUCAAUACAACUCUGUCUACAACAAUUUGUAAAAGCAAUAAAUGCACAAAUAUUUAUUGCAUAUAGCAAUACAAACAAAAACAAUAUACGAAA